AUGGCGGCGCCCGCGCUGCGGGCCGUCCUGCGCCGGGCCGGGCGGGCGCGGGGGGCGCGCGGGGCGGCUUCGCGGGCGGGCGGGGGGCUGCUGGCCGAGCUGCGCGCGCGCGGGCUGCUGCAGGAGCUGUUCCCCGCGGAGGGCGCGGGCCCGGAGCUGCCCGCGCUGCUGGCGGCGCGCCCGCAGGCCGUGUACUGCGGCUUCGACCCCACGGCCGACGCGCUGCACGUGGGCCACCUGCUGGCGCUGCUCGGCCUCUUCCACUUCCAGCGCGCCGGCCACCACGCCAUCGCGCUCGUGGGGGGCGCCACGGCGCGCCUGGGCGACCCGAGCGGCCGCGCGCGCGAGCGGCCGGCGCUGGAGGCGGCGCGCGUGGCCGCGAACGCGCGCGCGCUGCGGGGCUGGCUGGAGGCGCUGGCGGCGCGGCACGGCGCGCUCUUCGGCGACGGCCGCGCCUGGGGCCGCUUCUCGGUGCUGGACAACGCCGCGUGGCUGGGCGCGCUGCCGCUCGUGGACUUCCUGGCCGAGGCGGGCGCGCGCGUGCGCGUGGGCGCGCUGCUGGGCCGGCACGCGGCGCGCGCGCGCCUGCGCGCCCCCGGCGGCCUGAGCCUGGCCGAGUUCUGCUACCCCGCGCUGCAGGCCUACGACUUCUACCACCUGCUGCGCCGGCACGGCUGCCGCGUGCAGCUGGGCGGCGCCGACCAGCUGGGCAACCUGGCGGCGGGCCACGACUUCGUGCGCAGGAUGACGGGGGAGGAUGUGUUCGGGAUCACCGUGCCUCUCAUCACCAGCACCACUGGGGCCAAGCUGGGCAAGUCCGCGGGCAACGCCGUCUGGCUGAGCCGGGACAAGACGUCCCCCUUCGAGCUGUACCAGUUCUUCGUCAGGCAGCCGGACGACACGGUCGAGAGGUACCUGAAGCUCUUCACCUUCCUGCCGCUCGCCGAGAUCCAGCACCUGAUGGAGCUCCACGGCCGGCAGCCGGAGAGGCGGGAGCCCCAGAAGCGGCUGGCCGCCGAGGUCACCAAGCUGGUGCACGGCCAGGAAGGGCUGGACUCUGCCAAAAGGUGCACGAAGGCCCUCUACCACAGCAGCGUGGAGGCCCUGGAGGCCAUGUCGGACGAGGAGCUGAGGGAGCUCUUCAGAGAAGCCUCCUUUUCCGAGCUGGUUCUCGACCCAGGGACCAGCGUCCUGGACACCUGCCGCAAGGCCCAGGCCAUCCCUGACGGUCCCCGCGGGUACCGCAUGAUAACAGAGGGCGGCGUCAGCAUCAACCACCAGCCCGUCACCAGCCCCGAGAGCGUGCUGGUCCUGGGCCAGCACAUCCUCCGCAACGGGCUGUCCCUGCUGAAGGUCGGCAAGCGGAACGUGUACGUUAUCAAGUGGCUGCAGCUCUGACGGCCGGCGGGGGGGAUGCGGCCCCCUCGCGGCCACGCUGGUCUCGCACGCGCCCUUAGAACCGCCACUCGCGCUGGUUCUGUCCUUGAACGCGGGAACGAGCCGUAGAAGUGAUGGCGGGAAUCCUGUCUGUGUCAGGAUUUCUGAGCAGGACGCACCCGCCCCGCCUAGUGUGUCCCCGAGGGCCCAGUGUCCCCUGGCCUCUCAUCCGCAGGGCCAGGACCGCACCCUGUGGCCACGUUAGUGUUCCAGAGAGGCCUGAGCUGUGGGGCAGACAGUGUUCAGUCCACAGCUGCCGGGGUGGCUGCCCGGCUAGUGUCCCAGGGGGCCCAGGGAGACUCCGUUGCAACACCUGUCAUUUCAUGGCAGUUUUAUUUACACAGCAAGAACAUGUAGGACCACGACAGUCACACGCGCUGGGGGCGAGGGGGAGUGUGGCCGCCCACCCGUGGCCUGGCUCGGAGACCAGUGUUUUCUGCAGCACCGUCAGGUGUGCUGGAGAAAGGUCCGACUUCUCCUUCAGACUCAGAAAGGCUAAGGCAGUCCAGCCCCCGAAUAAAUAAAUCUCGGUUCUGAU